UGUUAAAUGUCAACGAAAUUGGUUAAUUUCCAAAAACAUAAUUACAAAUAUAACGAUUUUAUUCGUUUUCAAUGAAAAUAUAGUGCAUAUACAAUAUCCUAACAAUUCUAUCCUAAAUAUUUUAUCCGGGAUGCCUUGACGAAAGAAAUUUUAUUUCUGAGCUUGUUGCAUUUAUUUUAUAAACAAAUUAUCUUCCAUUUGACAAAGUUUGUCUAAACAAAAGUGUUAGGAAGAGUUUAAUAAUGUCAGCCACUGAAACUACGGUUAUUUUUGCAAAACUAGAAGCGUUGAAAGACAUUAAGUCAAAAACACUUCAAUUGGAAAAAAUGAAGCAAAGAAUUUUGCAAGAAGUAGAACAGACUGAACAAGAAGAAAAAUGUUUACUGGAAUAUAAACAGGAAAUGGAUCUUCUUAUGCAAGAAAAAAUGGCACAUGUUGAAGAAUUACGACAAAUACAUGCAGAUAUAAAUGCGAUGGAAGCUGUUAUUAAACAAGCAGAAGAAGCUAGAAAUAAAGCAAGAGAGACUGCAAAAUUAAUUCACAAUAAUGAUUAUCAACCUUUAAAACAUGAUAUUGAUCGUAUGCGUAGAGAAUUUUUAGGAUUGGAAAGAUUACCAGAAUUAUAUGAAACAGAAUCUGAUCUCAUUUCACCAGAUUAUUUUGACCGUCCAAUGCAAAAAGCAGAAUGGAGAGUAGAAGUAAGAGGAGAAGAUUUAUUACCUCCUCUUACUUUACAUCAUCCUGGUCAUCCAGGUGGUUCAACACCUUUUCUUGCUCCUCAACCUCUUCAAGGUCCAAGUAAGCCAGAACCAAGACCAUUACCACCAGCCCCAGGCCCACCUGCUCCAACAUUCAGGUACCACUGGCAACAACCACCUCCUAUGAAAUCAUGCUUAUCAUGUCACCAACAAAUACAUAGAAAUGCACCAAUCUGUCCUCUUUGUAAAGCUAAAUCUCGAUCACGUAAUCCCAAGAAACCAAAGAAAAAAGAUUAAUUAUAAGUGUUAUUUAUAUAAAAUCAACCAUUUCAGUCAUAUAAUUCUAAGAAUACAUGUUAAUGUUUUUUAUAACUUAAAAUAAUUCAACUCCUAUAAAAACAUGCAUUUAUAUAAAAUGUAUGUAUUUAUAGUAAUGUUUUUAACUUUUUGUAAAAAUUAUUUUUCAUUUUUACAAUAUCUAUAUUAACAAUUGUAAGACAUUAAAUUGUCAUAGUAAUUGACAAUUAAAUAAUUUUUACUUUCAUUAAGAUAUACAAAUAAAUUUAAAUAUGUUUUAUGAUUUUAAUUAAUUUUCAUAAAUCUGAAAUUGCAAUCCUAAU